AUGAAGGAGACGACAGGGAGCAAGCGGCGAGACCGGGCGGGAGGCCGAGACCGAGACGCCAAGGCCGACAAGUCCAAGGAGGCUGGUGGUAGCGGCACCGUAGCAGAGCCGCAGGACGUCGACAUGCCCGAGGCGGAGGCUGCUUGCUCGACUAAGCCGCCCAAGGAGCUUGACAGCUUGACCCUUGAAGACAUCAAGGAGCACGUCAAGCAGAUCGAGAAGGCGGUUUCGGGCAAAGAGCCGCGUUUUGUGCUGCGAGCGCUGCGGGCGUUGCCGUCCACCAGCCGCCGCCUCAACACGCUGGUGCUGCACAAAACCAUCAGCGGCUUCUUCACCAACAACGCCGCCACCAGAGACUUCCUGCUCGCUUUCUUGGAUGAGCCCAUGGACCUGGUGGACGGCGAUGUGCCGUUCCGUCCCAGAACGGGGAAGGCGGCGACCACUCCUCUGCUUCCCGAGGUGGAGGCGUACUUACAGCUGCUCCUGGUGGUACACCUGACCAACAACAAGCGCUUCAGCGAGGCUCAGAAGGUUUCUGACGACCUGCUGCAGAAGAUGGCCCCCAAGAACCGCCGAGCUCUGGACCUGGUGGCCGCCAAGUGCUACUACUACCACGCGCGCGUCUACGAGUUCCUCAAUCAGCUGGACAGCAUCCGCAGCUUCCUGCACACGCGUCUGCGCACUGCCACGCUGCGUCACGACGCUGACGGCCAAGCGGUUCUCCUCAACCUGCUGCUGAGGAACUACCUCAACUUCAACCUCUACGAUCAGGCCGAGAAGCUUGUGUCCAAGUCUGUCUUUCCCGAACUUGCCAACAACAACGAGUGGGCCCGAUAUCUUUACUACACUGGUCGCAUUAAAGCCAUCCAGCUGGAGUAUUCGGAGGCUCGCCGGACUUUAACCAACGCGCUCAGGAAAGCCCCCCAACACACGGCGGUGGGCUUCAAGCAGACGGUGCACAAGCUUCUGAUUGUGGUGGAGUUGUUGCUGGGCGAAAUUCCCGACAGGCUUCAGUUCAGGCAGCCGUCACUCAAGAGGUCACUGAUGCCCUACUUCCUGCUCACUCAGGCGGUCAGAACGGGCAACCUGUCCAAGUUCAACCAAGCGUUGGAGCAGUUCGGCGAGAAGUUCCAGGCCGAUGGCACGUACACGCUCAUCAUCCGCCUGCGACACAACGUCAUCAAGACAGGCGUGCGUAUGAUCAGCCUGUCGUACUCGCGCAUCUCGCUGGCCGACAUCGCCGUCAAGUUGCAGCUGGACAGUCCCGAGGACGCCGAGUUCAUCGUGGCUAAGGCCAUCCGAGACGGCGUGAUCGAGGCGAGCAUCAACCACGAGAAGGGCUUCGUCCAGUCCAAAGAGACAAUGGACAUUUACGGCACCAGAGAACCUCAGCUGGCCUUCCACCAGAGGAUCUCCUUCUGCCUCGACAUUCACAACAUGUCGGUUAAGGCCAUGAGGUUUCCGCCUAAAGCUUACAACAAAGACUUGGAAUCAGCUGAGGAGCGUCGGGAACGCGAGCAGCAGGAUCUGGAGUUCGCCAAAGAAAUGGCCGAAGACGACGACGAUAGCUUCCCCUGA